AUGUUUAAUAUUGGGUUCUCCUCUCUGGACCUGCAGGUCUUCCACCAGCCUCCGGACCCCAACGUUCCUCUGCCCCUGCCCCAGAGCCGGCCGGGUUCUCGCAGGAACCGCGCCAUCUGUCUGACCAAAGGGCCCCGCAAACCCCGCAGCCUCUACCCCCCCACGCUGUGCCUGGCCGACGCAGAAAGCGACACCCUGAGCAGCAGCCCCUGCAGCACCCCCAUGGGCAGCCUGGAGUCCCUGUCCUCCCACUCCUCCGAGCAGAACCCCUCCUCUAAACCAGGACCCCCCCCCACCGACCCCAGGACCCCCGUGGGGGUCAGCAGCCCUGAGUCCAGCUCCAGAGAGGAGGCCAACCGGACGGAUGUGGAGUCUGAAGACGCCCUCAGCCUGUCAUCUCUGCCUCUGUCUGACGGACGCAGGAGCUGCUCUGGAUCUGCUCAGAGUUUGUCCACCCUGGAGUCCAAAGAGAGUCUGACCCCUGCAGGACAUCCAGAUCUGCCUCCCAAACAAGUGAUCCGCCGCCGGAUGGACACCUCCGUCGCCAACGGUUACCAAAGGCCCGGCUCCGUGUAA